GCUCACACACACACACACACAUGUGCGUGCCUGUUUGAUUUGUGCAGCUUACUUACCAGACCGCUCUGAUCUGGGCUUGGGGGUGGGGGGUGGGGGGGUGGAGAGCGCAGACUGGCAGUGGAGCAUUCAGGCUGACAGUCGACGAUCAAAGCUCUGGGGCUUCACGUGCAACCUUCUCGCUUCAUCUGCUAGGAUCUCCGGCACACCUGAAGUCAGAAGGUGGAGAGGGCAUAGGGGGUGGGGCUGUGCUCUACCUACAUCAUCCCAGCCUGGGGAUUGACGAGAGGUUCUCUUCGCCGGUCUUCAGCGUCUAAUGCUUCUUCCUUUCUGUGGACUGAAUUCACAAUGUCGGGACUCUUGGAACUUCUCAACAAAUCAGGAGCUUUUGGAGCGGAUGGAAACCCAGCGGGCACAGAUUCCGUGAUGUGCUGCCGUUCUAUGAUGUUGAUCCAGAUGGGAAAUCGUCAUGGGCCAGGUGGAACCUGAUACAUCACACAUGCUGUCAUUUGAAGAAACUAUUGAUUCGCCCAGUGCGCUCUGUGAUAAUUACUGAUGCAGUGGUGUUAAGUAUAGUUAACUCAGUUACGCUCAUAAUGUAGCUGCCGUGCUAUGAAUCUUUCUGGGCGAGCAGUAUAUUUAUAGAAUGAUGCCGAAGUUAAAGCAAGCCUUCAUCUGCGUUUUUGGCUUAUGAAAAUUCAAUAGGCUAUAAUUGCUGAGAAGGGUUCAUUUUUAAUGCAAGGUGCAUUUUGACAACUGUGCCACACUGAUUCACUGCAUCGGCUCUCAAUCUGUUAAUCACUUAGUGACAGACGUGUGCUGUUUAUUGAGCCAUUAACAAUAGGAUAGCAGUAAAUACUAAUCAGUGGUUUGUUUGUCUUCCUCUCUCAUCUUCAGGCUUUGCAGACGCUGUUUUGUUUCCUUUAUCUUGGUUCAAUCCCCAUCAGUAAACUGUAGGCAGCACAGAAACAAUACAACUUUCUAUAAGAAAUUGUUAUAUGGAAAAAUAAAUGUUCACAUAUUAUGUCUUUUUCAGUUGAGGAAUCAGUUAAGUAAUAACCUUGAGGAAUAUUCUAACAGAAAAUUUCUGAUGAUUGUCUUUUUAUAAUCUUUAAAUGUUAAACCUUAAAAAAAUCUGUUGUCAACAUUUAAGUUAGUUGGAUGGUGUUACAAGGCUCUUGAUUUUUGAAUGUUCAAAGGUAUUCUCCAUUUCAAAUGAGUCAUAGGUCAUGAAAGUAAGGAAAUAUGGGGGAAAAAAACACUUCUGAUAAAUAACGUGUUCUGUUACCAUAAAUAGAUAUGUCCUCAAAGGAUUAUACUCUUCAAUAAUAGUUGCAUCUUCUUAAGCUUUGAUAGUCAACUUGUGAGUGAUUUUUUUCUCCAAGUGUCAAGCUGGGCUAUGCAGAUCCCAGACUAAUACAGCAGGGCAAUUUAUUCCCAACAUGAAUAAUUCUCUCUGAGUAAGAGAAAUGUUUUCUCAUAUCAGUGAAUCAUCAGCUCAGAAGAAGUUUGCACGUCCCCUGGAUGGUAUGUGAUUGACACAUCGCCUCCAGCUGUAAGGCUUGGCCCUUCUCUUCCUGUUCUCUGUCCCACUCUGCACAGGUGUAGAGCAGAUGUCAGCAAUGGCCCUAUCCUGGUAUCGCUGCCUAACAGCGACAGCGCUAGUUUGGGGGACUGUGUGGUCUCAGGGCUCCCCACCCUCGAACCCUGAGAAUGAGGUGCCACUACGGCCCACCAUUUGGCUUCCAGAAGGCAAAGUUACCCCCAUCUCUCUGCCAAAGGAUCAGACUCGGAGGCUGUACUUCACUCUCAAGAAAAGGGCAUCUUUGAUGUCCGUCACUGUCAUUCCGUGUGGUGUGCCGAUUGAAUGGAGCUUAGCAGCCAGGACAAUAAAGGACAGACCCUCUAAAAGCCUACAAUGGACUUCCAAGAAAAGUAUGCCAGAGGUGUGGUGGAGAGGCUCUGGAACAGAGCAAAAAAUGUACACAUUUAAAGGCAACACUGUGGACUCCUACACUGGCCACACUGCGUCUCCAGCAUCCAUCUACAUCCUUAAGAUAAAAUCCAAGGUACAGGACUCUAGAGUUUCUGUAUACCUUCAAGAGGGAGACGGGGUGCCGGGAAUAUUUCCAGAGAUACCUCCCGAUCCCCGUGUACAUACUGUGGGAGUAGGGAUGACUAGUGUCACUCUGAGCUGGAAGCCUAGUGCUUCUAUUCUGAAACUCCAAAAAAACAGCCAUAACUACCAUUACUGUGUGUUGGUUAACCAAAAGCAAAACUAUAAGAGUCUGUGUACUGCCCAAGAGGACAUGAAAAGUGAAAAGAAGAGAGCUAAGAAGCAAAAAUUAACAGUCUGGCCAGAUGUGAGUGAGUGGUGGAGGCACGAGUGGGAUUCUUUCAGGAAAUCAGGAGAAUCGACUUUAUUGGACAAUUCCGAUGAACUACAGUGUGCUUGCAGAGGCAUGGAAAGUGUGUGUACGGUGUCAGAGCUCAUUCCAGAAACGUUAUACUAUUUUGAUGUUUUUGUGGUAGACACAGUCAAUGGCACUGACUCAGCAUAUGCGGGGACCUUUGCGCAAACGCAUGAGGAAGCCCGACAAAUAGCUACCCCUCUAGGAGAGGGUGAGCUCAGGUGGGUGGCUUUUCAGGGAACUGGGCGGCAAGGUAGCCAGAUUUUCAGCUUCCGUCCCCGUGGCUGGCAACAGAGUGCUCUUCUUACGCUCCAGAGCUGCACUGGCCAAAAGGUGAAGGUCACAGUCUCUAACAAGGAGCAAAUUCUUGCAUCAGAGGUGGUGGGGGAGGCAGUAGCACAGAUAUGGCUGCAAGGAAAGCCUGUAUAUCAGAUAUUUUUGGAAGACAUGAGUCCUGGUCAGGCAGUUAGGGGUGUGUCAAGGCCUAUGGUUAAAAUGCAGGCCUCAUCCGCUUACCAUCGUCAGGCCGUCCCCGCACUUCCCACUACACUGCAGAUAAAGUCCUUCAACAAACUCAGGACCUGCAACUCUGUUACUUUAGCCUGGUUUGGAACGGAGGAGAGAAGCUUGUACUGCAUGUAUCGGCGCAAGAUUAAGGAUGGAGAAUCCACCAGUAGGCAACAGUGCCUUGGUCCAGAGUCACGCAGCGAAACGGAGAGGGUCCUCUGUAAAUACUUCCAGGAGCUGAACCCACGACGGGCUGUUACUACAGCGACCAUUGGAGCACUGGAACCUGGAACUGCAUACUUAUUUGAUGUCUAUUUGAUGAGACGUUGGGGAAUUCCAGUCAAAUACCACAGCAAGACAGUGCGCACCAGGAAGGAGUGUUGACUGUUUCUAUUUUCGUGUCUCCAACUUUCACUGAACUCACAGGUGAAAGCACUAAACAAGAUAUGCAUAAUGCAUUCCCAAAAAUAGACAAUUAAGGAAUACUAUACAUUCCAAUUAAUGUUAUCUGAAGAAUUAUUCAUCAGCACCAGAAGUUGAGAACAACAAGCAGUUCAGAAUCGCACCUGCAAAGCCGUUGUUGUUUUGUUCUUGAUGUGCCAGUUAUCAAAAAAUGUUCCAGUUGAAAUUAAAAUAAAGAGAGGAGGUGUUUACAAGGAAUACAUCUUUGCUACUGAGACGUUGUGUUUAAGUAGAAUCUUUCUAAUCCAACUGAAGCAAUAUAGAGUAAUAAGAAACUUGCUAAAGUAAUGUGUACAGUGUUCUGCUUAAGCAUGCGGUUAGUGUAUGAUGUAGCAAUCUGUUUUAGUGUCUGUUGUGUAUUCUGUGCUUUGCCUUAAUAAACUAACACAGAUCAAGUGUCUGCAUCUGGUGCCAGGUGUCACGCAAGGCACCAGCUAUGGUGUACAUUAAAAAUGUUUCAUCUCCCUCCUUUAAA